AUGGAAAGGCUGCAGUCUGAAAGGGAUCAACUGAGGAUCACAGUAGAUGCGCUCACAGAUCAGAUAAUGAAAAAUCAAAGUGCCAACGGUGCCUUGAAAAUGAUGGAACUAGAUAGAGACCUGGUUUGCGAUCUGCUCUCUGUGCACUUGCACGGUCGACAGAGACAGCUACUUGAGAAGCUUUAUGGUGGUAAGGCUUAUGUUGGGCUUCAAAUUCCUGAUGCUGACACUGCUACUCGACAAACUAUUGAUAUACUUCUCAUCACACAACGGGAAGCAGUGGUGAUCUGUGUAAAGGAUAUCUCGGGAUUUGUUGCCACUGAUAAGGAUGGGAACUGGGUUUGCGCUGGAGGCCAUAAACACAAGACCCAACAUCUCUCCGAUCCUGUUGCAGAUGCAAAGGGGUUAGUACCCAUUCUCGAAUCUUACCUCGAACAAAGGGGGGUUGCUCUUCCAGAAGGAUAUUUGUCUGCCAAAGUUAUAUGUCCAAACCCCAAUUUCAGUACCAUUCACUCGGUCUCUUUUCCUCCUGAGGUCGUAACAUAUGACCAAUGGAUGCAACUAACACCACAAUAUAAGAACAUGCUUUCUUGUUGGAUUAAAGGUGCAUUUCGUGGCGGGAAGAAGGAAUUUCAGGAAUCAAUAUAUGAGAAGCUUAACUUCAUUCUCAGCACAGCUCCGACGUCAGAUAGGCUAGAGCUUAAAGGUAAUAAGUGUCUCCUUGGAGAGUUUCUGGAAUUCAAAGGAAACAGAGAGGAUAUUCAAGCAAUGAGAAAUAUCAGGAGAUCAAAAGUUAGUAGACUAGAGAUCCAGAAAACGAGCAUGUUCGGUCUGGUUCAUUCAAAGCUCAAAGUCCUAUACUGCCCUCGGGAUUAUCGUGCUGAAGGAGUAUCAACUUCUGAAUGGAAGGAAUUCACUGUUCGAUCUGGCACAGAAUUGAAAUUUCAAAUCCAAGGUUCAGCUAAGCCGAGCAAAUACAAGUUGUCCUCCGUCAUUUCCCUGUCACUGAGUGCUUGAGGGGGAUGCUGGAGUGGGAGAUACUCAUGAUUCUAAAGAUGGAGCAAUUGCUUUCGAUAACGGUAUAAACUGUAGUUUAUUUUUCCUUCCCAAGUUUUAUGCUGAUGUGCCUCCUAAGUCGACUGUGCAUGCUCAAACAAGGAGGGCGACUUGCAUAUUCUUUCAUGAGAGAUCAAUGUAUAUAGCACCCAACACCAAGGGGUCGUUUGGUACGGAAACAAGUUAUGCAAGGAUUAGUUAUACUAGAAUUAGUUGUACGUGGAUUAGUUAUGCAGAUAUUAUUUUUUAUCAUGCGUUUGGUUCACUGUACUAAAAAUGGAUAUACAAUGUUUAACUUAAACUUGUGUUUUGUUUUAAAUGUACAAAAAAAUAGUUUACAAUUA